GGAAAGUUUCUGAGAGGAGCGCGGGAGCCGAGAACGGGAGGGCUCCGUACGUCCCGGGAAGGCCUCGAAAGGGUAGUUCCGCGGCCAGGUGCUAGUUGGGGGAGCCGGGGCGCUUCCCCACGCGCUUCCGCUCCUAGCCGCGUGCUACCUCGGAGUGCUUCUCUGCCUCCGGGCACCCGGGCUCCUGGUUUCAGAGAAUAUGGCAGAGGAGCUGGAUCUCAUGGGACAGGACUCUGAUGGGGGCAGUGAGGAGGUGGUCCUCACUCCUGCAGAGCUCAUUGAAAGGCUGGAGCAGGCCUGGAUGAAUGAAAAGUUUGCCCCUGAGCUGCUGGAAAGCAAGUGUGAGAUUGUAGAAUGUGUCAUGGAGCAGCUGGAGCACAUGGAAGAAAAUCUCAGGAGAGCCAGGAAGGGGGAUCUGAAGGUCAGUAUCCAUCACAUGGAGAUGGAGAGAAUCCGCUACGUCCUUAGCAGCUACUUGCGGUGUCGGCUCAUGAAGAUAGAGAAGUUUUUCCCUCAUGUCCUUGAAAAGGAGAAAACACGCCGUGAGGGGGAGUCUUCUAGCCUUUCUCCAGAAGAGUUUGCCUUUGCCAAAGAGUACAUGGCUAACACGGAGACCUAUCUAAAGAACGUUGCCUUAAAGCAUAUGCCUCCUAACUUACAGAAGGUGGACCUCUUGCGGUCGGUUCCCAAACCCGAUCUAGAUUCCUAUGUGUUUCUAAGAGUGAAAGAACGACAAGAAAACAUCCUGGUAGAACCAGAAACAGAUGAACAGAGGGACUACGUGAUUGACUUGGAGGAGGGCUCACAGCACUUGAUCCGAUAUAAAACCAUUGCACCUCUGGUUGCCUCUGGAGCAGUACAGCUAAUUUAACACCAAAGCGAAAUAAACAAGAAUGAAGACAUGGAACCCUAGAGAAAAUAUUUAGGAACCUCUCCUAUCACUUUGUGCCUAUGGACAACGGACUUCUCAGCAGUGCUGGGGAUCACCUGGACAUUGAGAAGGCGCCCAAGGCAGGAUUUCUCACAUGCCACAUGUGCUGCUGACUCUGCCGUGUUAGGCUGCGUCAGGAGGUGGCGCCCUCGCUCUGUUGAGUCUGCCUCCUGGGCAAAUACGUGGAGAUCGUCACUUUGGACAUCUUUUCCCUUCAUGGUAUUUUUUGAGCUAAGGAAAGUGAGACAAAGUUAGUUCAUAACAAGGCAGCACUGCCUAUGGUGAGGGGACUAGUUAGCCCUGACCUGAUGGUGACGGGAGAGUUCAUUUAACCUUCCUGGUAGGAAGAAUAUAAAUCAAUUAACGGAAACAGUUACCGCCUUCUAUGAUAUGUCACUAAAUUGUGUAAACUAGCCUUUUGGAACCUCUAAUAUUAACACCAGUUUCUGUCAUGCUUUACUGAGAAUCGUAACUAAACCAAUAAACCAUUAAGUUUCAGUUUGGUGACAGAAGGAGCCUCUGGACAGUUCUCUGCUUGUGGUCUAAUGAAGUAUGUUCUCCCUGCUGGUAACCUGCAGCCUUCCCCGAAUCUCAGGCAGCUUCGCCAAGCCAGCCUCUGGGCCAUCUGGCCAUCCUUGGCCAAGGCUCUGUUAGCAGAGCAACACUGACUGGCCUAUCUAGUGACCUCGGUAGCAGCUUUUCUUUUUUAAGCUCUUUAUUUUCCCAAGGGAAAUGGAUGCAGUUAAACUCCUGCGAAUGGAGAGUGUCACAGUGAUACCUGCAGGAAGGACAUAUGGACAGUGAAUGAAUCGUCCUUCUUGGAGACAUGAUAAAAAGCAACCUGCAUUCAAGCCUUUUCUUGCUUGAUGAGAAGGCAGCAGGUUUUCAUUUAUCUGAUAAAGGCUGUUAGUUAUCAGUGUAGUAUUGCUGUCAUUUCCAAGAGAAAUCACUAAGUGAAAGCAGGGAAGGUUUUAUUCGUUAAUAAAAGCUUUCUAUAUUUCA